GAAGCGGAUUAUAUCAAGUGGAUUUGACAAGUAAUAAAGCCAAUAGAAAAGACUUUUUGUUUUAUUGCUGAAGCGAGUUUAACUGAGCUGUAACUAAAAGCAUCAAACUGAGCGCUUCUGGUCAAAGUGAACUUUUAUCAACUCCAGCGCUUCUUGCUUGUAGAUAUUCACUUAAGAAAUUACACUUCUUGUGGAGGGACCGUUUAAAGAGAGCAAGGCAUAUAAAACUAACUGGCUGUGGUGUUUCUCCGCACCGUCCAGGUGAUGCUGUGAUGGAUUUGGAGCGUCUUUAAACUGUGGAGGGGAUUUUUUAAAGUCUUUCUUCCCUGGAGGGAAUAAUAUCAGCGUCAUGACAGAAUCUUCCAAACCUCCUUCAGGGAGGAGAAUGAAAGUUCCUGCCCCAUCUCCACCACAGGCCCCCCAACCCGCUCCCCGUCAUUUGUUCAGGAACCCUGUACCUGAUGGGGGAGGGAUGUCAGCCAUGGAUGUCAAGGAGAACAUUCUAAGGCCCACUGUAGAUUUUCAGCUAACUCUACCGGGGGGGUACCAGGUUUCUGAAACCGAGGAUGGAAGUAAAGCUCUGAUGGAUCUACUGGUCGACCUAUGCGGUCGCCACCGUCUGAACCCAUCUCUGCACACCUUGGAGCUGCUUUCACCUGAAGGUCACUCUUUGGGAUUCAAACCCAACGCCCUGCUUGGCUCCUUCAAUGUGGCCUGUGUGCUCAUCAAGGAGAAAGUGGUGGAGGAGAAAGUGACGCGCAGACCGGCUCCUAAAGCGCCAGAGAAGGCAAGGCCAGUGAAACCUGUAAGGGCUCAUGCUAAGAAAACGGUGCGUUUGAUGGUGAACUACCACGGCAACCAGAAAGCUGUGGUACGGGUCAACCCACUGGUCCCGCUCCAGGCUUUGAUUCCAGCCAUAUGUGACAAGUGUGAUUUUGAUGCUGCACAUGUCCUUCUCCUGAAAGACGCCAUCAGUCGCCACGAGUUACCGCUGGACAAAUCUUUGACUGAGCUAGGCAUCAGGGAGCUCUAUGUUCAUGACCAGACUCUAGUUUUACAGCCUAAAAUGGCUUCUGCCCCUGCCCUGAACAACUCAGAUCCUAUGUAUUCCAGUACUGCUAGUUUAGGAAGACCACAAAAGAAAGGACUGUUAAAUAUCUUCUCAUUCAGCAAAAGGAAAUCAAAGAGUGACAGAAAUGAUAUGGACAUGGAAGACUUUGAUGAAAAUGCAAUUCAAAACUCAGACACAAAAUCCAAAGGGAUUUCCACCGUGUCAGGGGUCUCCUAUGUAGAGGGAUCUUCUGGCUCCUUGGAGCAGUCUCGGUCCUUCACUGAUAUUUCUACAAUGCAUGCCAAAGCAGAGUCCAAGAAGAGGCGGGCCCCUGCACCACCUGUUGUCCCAACAUCCAGCCAGAGGAACCCAAACUUUAAGAACAAUCAGGAGGUUCCCGGUUCAGAAGGCCAAAGGAAGCGAAAGGCUCCCCCUCCGCCACCCACUCCCUCUUCUUUAGCCCAGGACUCCGAUGAUAGUUCUGCACCUGUUUCCAUUUCCAAUCCUCAGGGCAGUGUAAUUCCUACCCCAGUUCCCCGCACCAAGACGCCGCCACCCCCCAAGUUCUCUGAUGCCUCUGUGAUCAUACAGGCAGCAGAAGCACCUCCUGGUAAAACAGCACCUAAGCCUCCACCUGUGCGCGACGCCACUCCACCCCUGACCUCUCCAUCCCCCAGUUCUCCAACCCCGAGCAGCAGCACCUCAGACAGCCUGGCUGUGCAGGACUCCAGCUCUGAGCUCAGCCGCAGCCUUGAUGACUCAGAUGUCGACCUCGACCAGGCUGGUUCCCGCUGCAGCACCAGUAGCACAGCCGAAAGCUCUCUGCAAGUUGAGCCUGCAACAAAAAAGUCCAGCACAACGGCCAACCAACCAUAUAAAGGGGCGAAUUCAGACAGCAGCUCCAGGUCAGACAGCGAAUCGGCCCUAAACCUCAAAUUGGAUGAAGCAGAGAACAACAGACACAGCGGAAUGGCUUGGCUUCAUUCCAGGAAAACUUCAUCCAGCUUCCAGAAACAAGAAACGCCAGCACCUGAAGCUGAGACUCUUUCUCUAGACAGCAACAGCUUUGGCAGCAGCCUUCCCGACCAGGGUUAUACAUCACCUGAAGGUGCUACGGAGGCUGAGGACUCGGGCAUUGUUAGUUCCCCCUCUGAUACCCAAACCACCUCCCCACAUGGGAGUUUAUCAGAAAUACUGAGUGGAGAAAGAGGAGAGAGAAGAAACUUAAGGGAGGUUUCAAGUGACAGCGAGGAAGAAAAUACUACCUGGGCAGAAAACAACAGGCACAAUCUUCGAGGUCCUAACCCACAACCCCUUAACGGCUUUAAGGACAAUUCUGAGCUCACAGUCCAGCUUCAUCAGACUUUGGCAGAUGCAGGCCUUGCAGAUGAGAAGGAGGACAUCAGGAAGCUACAGUCCAGUUACAACCAUUCUGACAUCACCUCUGUCAGAGAGAGCCCUGAUAGGAAGUCUACAGACAGCAGUGAGGUUCCUGUGUCUGUAGUGGACAUGGAUGUGCCAGUCACUGCCAUAGAUGAGGUACUGGAGGAAUAUGAACGGGAUUUUGAUGAAUAUGAAGUCAAGUCGUUGACCAAGACCGAGUCGACUAAGAGCGAAGGACAAGACUUCAGUCAUCACUCUAAUGAGGAGAAGCAGAACAAAAAUAACAAUGCUUAUACAGCUGCUUUUGGUUACAAAACAGGUAGUGCUAGUUCAGAUCUCCCCAAGGAGUCGAGCGCACCACAGGAGAUCAAAACCAAAGGUGUUAAAAAAGAAAAAAAAGCGCAUGAAAUAAAAAUGAAAGAGAAAAGGAUUGCUGAUACCACCGCUGGGAAAGAGGAUACCCAAAGACUGUCUAGGAGAACCAGUGCUGAUCUGCAGAAAAGCAGUAAGCCUCCUAUAGUCUCAGCUGAUCCUGUGAAAUACGACACUCAUUUCUUUAAGCAGAAAAAAUCGGAGCUUCCAGCAAAGAUUCAGAGAUCAGUUUCUCCUGAAAGGGAUGAAGCGAUGCAGAAAGUAAACCAGAUCAGCUCUGGUUUUAGUCCUUCGCAUGGUAAAAUCAAACACAAUGUCCCGUCACGUUUUGGGAUGAAAACUUUCACCGUGGUCCCUCCAAAACCCUCCAUUACGUACGUCGCUGAGACACAGCCGGCCGCGAAAGGAAGUAAUUUUGCCAUUAAAAUUGACGAUCAAGGGAACAUGGUGGGAGCAGGCCUCCCUUACCUGAAAUCUACACAGUCGUCUAAAUCAGAGAUUGAAAACACUAACCCUGUUUGUGAAAAUGCCAAAGAAUUUUGGACCUCUAACAUCAGGCAAGAACAUGUGGUGACUCAAAGAAAAAGGUUUGAAAGCACAGAUGUCAGCAGCAAUGCCUCUGCUGCUUGCCUGGAAGGCAAGUCAAAGACUAGCAACACGGAAAGCCAGAAAACAGCAACAAGCGACGUUGCUAAACUAACAACAGUGGUUCAAACAAAAGUAGAGAUGAAAGAAGAUCAUAAACAAGUCAUGAAAGAUGCGAGUUUAAACAGAGAGUGCAAUGAGGUGGAGAGCAAGAUUUCAGGGUCCAACAACGUACAGAGGCCAAGUAACACACCUUCCCUUCCCCCUCCCUUACAGUCAGACAGGAAACAGCAACUGAACUUUGUCAAACCAUCCAGGCGGACCUCCAGCCAGUACGUAGCAUCUGCCCUAGCUAAAUACACGCCCAAAACCUCAGCUAAACCGAGCAGCAUCCCAAAAAUCACUGACUCGUCUGAGACAACAAGGACAGAGAAGGCUGCAGGUUUCCAGAAAUCACUGACUCAUUUCCAAUCCUCCCAGCUAUCUUUGACAGAUAUUACCGAGAAUGACUCUACUGGCACAGUCACUGUUUCCUGUCCUCAGAGGUCCAUGAGCUUCCCAGAGUACAUGUCAGAAAGUCAAAGAGAUUCUGUCGAGGUGAAAAUAAACAGGGAGAGAUUUAAAAACAACACAUUGAAGAAGAAAGAAGGUUUGGAUACAGCUGAACAAAAAACAGACAAGAAGAAUGACAGUCGUUACAAUGGAUCCCCCCAAAUACACGUAAUUAGCAACAGCAGUGAUUACGUGAAACACAUUCAACGUCAAAUCUCCAGCCCAGCAAAAAGCACCUCUCCCCAGCCAUCUUUUAAACCACCCAUAGCCCCAAAGAUCAAACUACAACAACAGAUAAGUGAAAAGGAUGAUUUGAAGGAAAUUAAACUGGCGUCAUCAGCUAUAGUGUCAGACAGCACUGACGCGCCUGGGUCUAUUGAAGGAGUGACAGUGUUUGGACCCGUUAAAAAGUUCAAACCAGUCAUCUGUAGAUCUGUUGAGAAAGAGACGUCCCUGCACAGCAGCCUGAUGGAGGCAAUCCAGACAGGUGGAGGCAAGGAGAGGCUGAGGAAGAUAUCCACUACCACCAGUAAUGAGAAGAAAAUACCAUGUGCCGAUGAAAGCGAUGAAAGAUCUGCUCUUCUAUCUGCCCUUAGAUGUCCAAAUGUCAACAGACUGAAAAAGACAAAAUCUAAGGCUGCCAGUGAGGUUGAGCGGUUCAGGAAAGAGAGCUCAGGGGAGGGGAAAACAGAAACCCCUCCAUAUUUGACCAGAUCUUCACCACUUACUCCACCACCACCUCCACCUAUUAGUGCACCUCCACCUGCACCCCCUCCCGUAUUUCCCCAGGGUAAAGCUAACACUGUGGGUCAUUUAAAUGCCAACGCCUCUAUGAAUCCUGCCCUGGCCAGAGAGGCUCUGCUGGAGGCUAUUCGUUCUGGAUCUGGUGCUGAGCGAUUGAGAAAGGUCUCUUCCCCUAAGAAGACUGUCCAAGUGAACGGCAGACUGGGAACCAUUCAACAUUGAGCUGGAGACACCCAAAUCACAGCAACAAGGAAUCUAGCAGAAAUUUUCAUUGCAUUAUUUAAUUUUUUUUCUUUAUAUAUUAAAACAUGCUUUUAAAGCGUGCCUGAACUGAAUCACUGCAUAUUCUAGACGAGGUUUUGCACUACAAUGGCUAAAUAAAUUAUUUCCUAUUUCACGUUCUCUGGUCAGACUGGAUAGAACAUCUUAUGCCUUAUGCUUAUAUCAAUCACUUGUAAAUUUAAAAAGUAAAGUGGAGAUGUUAUUUAGCGAAUGAUUCGCCUGUUUGUAGCAUUUGCAGAAGUCGGGGGAAAGGGUCAAAGGUGACACAUGUUCAGUUAGAAUAGCUACAAUAUGAGAUGGAUCAACGUUUUGGAAACUGGUCUCCAGUGUUAUACCGUCACAAUUUUAUCUCGCCAUUUCUACUCGCAUCCAUUCUUGUAGAACAUUGUGCAAAAUGUGCCAAUGAAAGAAAACCUAACGGGACGUAAAACUUUAACUUAAUUUUUGUUCUUUUCUCUUUUUUUUGUCUGCCUGAGCGGGCGUAACCUACGGAUGCCUUAAACAGCUGCUAAAUCAGUGUUAUACCGGUGUAUGGUGAAUGCUUCAUAAAUUCUAGAAUGAGUGCAAUAACUGUUUGAUGAGGUUUCCUGAUUUUGAGUAUUUAAUAUUUUUUCAAAUGAAGAUUAUUUCUAUAAUAUCUUCAGUUUAAGGAACAAUGAUUAGAUAUGCAAAGGCUUUUUUUAUAUGAUCCUUACUGCCUCCCUCAACAAUUUUAGGAUCUGAUGUAAAGAUCACUAAAUAUAACCUGCUGGUGCCUGUAAACCUAUUUUGUUCAUUUGCAAGCAUUUUGGUCGGUGUCGCUUUUGUUAUGUUCAAGCCUCUUGAUUAAUUUGUGUUGUUAAAAGAACUCUUGAUUUGUGUAUAUAUGUGUUUUUAAGGGCACUAUUAAUGAUUCAUCUAGUCAUCUUAUAUUUUAAAUCAUAUGAAGCAGCUGCUCCAGAAAAGCUGCGAAUGACCUUGGAUUUUAGCUUUAUCUUUUUUUUUCCCCUGCGCUCUUCCAAGUGAUAUUAUAGGGAAACCAUGACUUCCUAUAAACACGAUCGUUUAUUAAUCCUUUAUUAAUGAUCUAUCGCCUUAGAAUGAUGAUAGAUUCAGGUACAGUUCAUUUCUGCUGUAUUUUCUAAAGGGAGAUAAAGGGGAGAGUUUUAUAGAGAUUUGUUCAACUCUGGUUUAAAUACUGUUAGAUGGUUUAAUCUAGGAUUGUGCAUGAUGGUGCAUUUUCCCUCUUUUUUGUGUAAAAUGGAAACAUUUUUGUAGAUUUGAUUUAUAUCACUAAUAUAGUUUUUUUUAAGCUGUUGUUUUCUUUCCUGCACAAAGAUUCCUUUUUUUUGUCUAAAAGUAAGAACAUUUCAUAGAUUUAUACCACUAAUGGAGUGAAUGUUUUAUAAGCUAUUGUUUGUUUUCCUUGUUGGGAUUUGCACAGCUAUUU